UCUUAAAAUAUAUGAAGAUUACUUUUUCAUAAUCUGUAUGUUAUUUACCCUACUUUUAUGUUUAUAAAAACGUUGAAUCUGCUAAUAUAUUUCUAACCUCCUUCAAAAACAUUAAUUUCAAAAAAAAAAAUUUAGUCGAUCGACUUUCCACCUCCAAAGAAAACCACUAUUUCUCCAAGCCAUUGAACCAGUUUUCUUCCCCCACACCCUCCAAAAAGAAGAAGAGCAUUUGGUUUUGAGAUCCAACCAGAGAUGGGGGACAACAGCACAAGAGAAGGAGAGAGAAGCAGUUACUCUUCAAAGCAGCAACCACAAGUUCCCAUGUCUUUGAAGCUCAUAGAUACAUGUCUGAGGCUAAGUGUGGUUCCUCUCAGUGUUGCAACCAUCUGGUUAACUGUCACUAACCACCAAUCCAACCCUGACUACGGAAAUUUAGACUACAACUCCAUCAUGGGUCUCAAGUAUAUGGUUGGUGUUAGUGCUGUAUGUGCUAUUUAUGCUCUGCUCUCUACUAUUUCUUCAUGGGUUGCAUGUUUAGUGUCCAAAGCUUGGCUCUUCUUUGUCCCUGACCAGGUUUUAGCUUAUUUGAUGACAACAUCAGUAGCAGGAGCAACAGAGAUAGUGUAUUUACUUAACAAAGGAGACAAACCAGUGACAUGGAGUGAAGUGUGUUCUUCUUACCCACACUUUUGCUCAAAACUCACAAUUGCUUUGGGCCUUCAUGUCUUUGUUCUCUUAGCUUUCUUAUUUAUCUCUGUUAUUUCUGCUUAUAGAGCUUUUAGUCUCUUUGAUCCUCCUUGUGAUCCUCAAACCAAUAAUAAUGCUUAACUUUUUUUUUGAACUUAUAUAAUAAUGCUUAAUUUACUCAGUAAUCAAUCAUAUUUGCAGCCU